UGAAUAUAGGUUAUAUGCAGGAACAUACCUAAAUAACAAAUUCACAGUUUCAUAGAGCGCAUACAUAUAUAAUUAUAUGUAUAUAUGUAGGAAAACCAAGGGGCCCUUGAUUCUGAUUAUGUGGAAACUCGUAGGAAAAGCAAAAGAAAACAAAGACGAAGCUUUGAGUCACUAUCUGGCCAUGGGAGCAAUCUCACUCUCUAUCGAAUCUCAACACCGCACGCUUGGUAUCGCUUUCUCCUAGUGGCGGUUGUUCUUCAGUACCCACCUCAGGAAUUGUUUUCCUUCUCCUGAAGCUUCAAUCUUUUUAUCCUUUUUGAGCUCUUUUCUCAUCUGGGCACUGGUCAAAUAUGGAAUUGGGGCUUGUUUGGUUGCUUAGAGCAGCUUGGAUUGCCGGCACGUUGCCUAUACUCAUUGCUUCGAUACCUAGUUCAAGCCUUUCUUCGGUUCAUGGACUUGUAUUGAAUUUCGCUAAAAGAGGAAAGAUUAUGAAUUCUUCUUCGAAAAGAUUCACAGUUCCUCAAAAAUACUUCGGUCAUUUCUACGCGGUGGCUUCGGUGUGGACAACAUUUCUGCUCGUUACAACUUUGAUGUAUGCCUACAAAACAGUGCCAAUAGUUUCAAAGCCGUUUCACUAUUCUACAUUUGUAAGCCAAAUAGCAGGGGGGUCUCAAAUCUUUUCAUGGCUCAAAAGUCACACAGCUCCAGUGGAGUAUAAAUAUAGUGUUUGGAGAUCUGUGUUUCUGCUUUUGUUGAUGGAAGUUCAAGUCUUGAGACGCCUUUAUGAGACAAUAUAUGUGUUCAAUUAUAGCUCCUCAGCUCGGAUGCACAUUUUGGGUUAUUUGACUGGCCUCUUUUUCUACACAGCAGGGCCACUGUCACUUUGUUGCAACUGCAUUCCGGAGGUGUACAAAUUUGUGUUGAAUGGAGUUGCUGAAUUCAUUGUUAAAGGCAAGAACCGCAUGCCAGCCUUGGAAUUUGACUGGUGGGAAUUUGCUAUUCCUCUUGUGAAGCUUGGUUGGCUACAGUGGAUUGGUGCAGCCAUAUUUUUCUGGGGUUGGGUUCAUCAGCUUCGUUGCCAUGCUAUUCUUGGCUCGCUUCGAGAACACAAAGCACAAGCCGAUGAGUAUGUUAUUCCGCACGGUGAUUGGUUCAAAAUCGUGUCAUCUCCUCACUAUCUGGCUGAGAUUGUUUUAUACUUGGGUGUUCUAAUUGCUAGUGGAGGAAGGGACCUUACAAUCUGGUUACUAUUCAUAUUUGUGGUGGCAAAUUUAGUGUUUGCAGCAGCAGAAACCCAUAGAUGGUACCUUCGAAAAUUUGAGAACUACCCCAGAAGUCGGCUUGCUAUUAUUCCAUUUGUUUACUAAUAGUUUAUGGGCUAUUCCUAAAUCUUUGAACAGAUUCUAAUCUGUUUCACCUUAAAGAAGUCAUAAGGAAUAUCACUAUAGAAUCAAUUCAAAUAAGCACGAUAUACUUGAGUCUUUGUGUUCCUAUUGGGAGGAGCAACUAAUAAUAAAGUGAAAAAGGUUUCUUCA